CUGGGGGCCGGGGGCCGGGGGCCAAUAUUCCUCCACGGACCACGGCCAAGCGGCAGCAGCUGCAGCUCUGAGCCCCGGGCCCUGCCCCUGCCCCUGCCGCUUCCUCCCCUGUACGGUCCCCUCCUCUUUCACCUCCGACUGCGCCCACGCGCGGCCCCGGGCGCGGACGACAGGUGUCCGGCAUGCUGCCGCCACGUCCACCCCGACCGACGCCCCUUCCCUCCUCCCGCCCCUUCCACUUCCUCGUUGUCGUCUCCGUCCUCUGUUUCGCAGCCAUCCUGACGCCAGCCCCCGCCGCUGUAGCAGCAGCAGCAUCAGGGGACGCGGACGGAGGAGGAGGAGAAGGCGGCGUCAUCAGGAUCAGGACUGCCGCUGUCGCCAGGUCCGCCAUGGCAUGGCCAUCAAAAUGUAAAUGGUUGCCCUUACAGAACAGUGGGAGGUGUCUUUCGUAUACUCAUGUUUGCAAAUACCACAAGAUUUGGAAGGACACGAAGCCAUUUAUUUCUGCAAAAGAUGCCCUGAAGAAAGAACCAAUUAGCGAUGUGAUUGCUUUAAAGGAUUCCAUGAAGUACUUUGAUGCUGAGUUCUUCAAUGAUUCAAAACUACGUGAGAUGGAAGAUGGUGCAAAGGAAUUCAAUGUACCCGCAUUCAGAGAAAAUCGGAAAUUGGUUGCGACGGAGAAUGGUGGGUUGCACAACCCUUCUGUUUUACUCUUCAAAUCAUCAUGGAGUAGUGGCAGUAUGACAAGUGAGACUAGAAGUUUCGAGUACCCUCGUGCGUCUUCUGUACAUCGUCCAACUAAUGAUGAAGAUAUUGCAUUUAUGUCGGUAAUCGAGCUUGGAGAGCUUAUUAGGACAAAGCAAAUAACAUCACGUGAACUUACAGAUAUAUUUCUGAGGAGAUUAAAGAGGUACAAUCCUGUUCUAGAAGCUGUUAUUACAUAUACUGAAGAUUUAGCAUACAAACAAGCCAAGGAGGCAGAUGACUUGCUGGCACAAGGAAAAUAUCUUGGUCCUUUGCAUGGCAUUCCAUAUGGCCUCAAAGAUAUAAUUGCGGUACCACACUAUAAGACCACUUGGGGCUCAAGGACGUUUAAAAACCAAGUCCUUGAUAGUGAAGCUUAUGUGUACAGAAGAUUGAAGUCCGCUGGAGCAGUCCUGGUAGCAAAGCUUGUCACGGGCUCACUUGCCUAUGAUGACAUAUGGUUUGGGGGAAGGACACGAAACCCCUGGAACAUCGAGGAAUUCUCUACUGGCUCAUCGGCAGGUCCAGCGGCUAGCACCUCUGCAGGAAUGGUUCCAUUUGCAAUUGGUUCAGAAACUGCAGGAUCCAUAGCAUACCCAGCCGCUAGAUGUGGAGUAACUGCAUUGCGCCCAACAUUUGGAACAGUUGCACGAACCGAUGUCAUGAGCAUUUCUGAGAGUUUGGAUAAGCUUGGUCCUUUCUGUAGAAGCGCAGUAGAUUGUGCUGUUGUAUUAGACACAAUUCGCGGAACGGAUGCCGGUGAUCCAUCAUCGCGUGAGGUUGCUUUGGGUGAUCCAUUUCAUGUUGACAUCACCAAACUCACUGUAGGCUACCUCGAUGACGCUGAGAUGGAGGUUGUCGAUGUUCUUUCCUCUAAAGGUGUCAAGCUGGUCCCCUUCAAGCUGAACUACACUGUGGAAUCAGUCCAGUCCAUCCUGAACAUAACGAUGGACACUGAUAUGCUUGCGCACUUCGAUAACUGGCAGCGGGAAGGACAUGAUGAUGACUAUGAGGCGCAAGACCAGUGGCCGGUAGAGCUUCGUCGUGCACGGUUAAUCCCAGCGGUAGAUUAUAUACAGGCGCAGCGAGCACGGGGCAAGUUGAUCAGAGAAAUCAAAGAUAGCUUCACUGUUGAUGCGUUUGUUGGCAACGUGACUGACUGGGAGCGUGUCUGUCUCGGGAACCUUGUUGGGAUGCCUGUGGUCGUGGUGCCGACAGGCUUGAAGAGCAUCGAGAACCCGCCUAAAGGCGGUACGAAGAGAAGAACAACAGUGACGACAGGCAUCUACGCUCCUCCUGACCACGACCAUAUUGCUCUGGCGCUGGCAAUGGCGUACCAGUCCGUCACUGAUCACAACAAACAGCGGCCGCCGAUCGAUGAUCUGGGGCCGAAUGAUGUCAUACAAAGAUAGUUCAACCUGCUCAUGGACCGCGAUGAUCCGGUGAUGGUAGCACGAGGGUCGUUAUGGUUAUGGAAGCUGAAGUUGAAGACGAUCAGUGAGCCAGAAUGGCUGGCCACCUGGCAGAAGACAUCAGCUGUGGAAGUAUCAAGUACCAAUCCACAUAUGGGCUUCUUCAUCAGCUCAAAUAACUCAGCACUUUUUUUUUCUGAAGCAGGCAGCAUUGUAUCACCUUAACAUACGUUACAAAGGAGGUUCUGGAUUUCAUCUGGGGCCUCAUCAGACCAAACCGAGCCAAAGAACUGAUCAGCUAGCCUAGUCAUUACAUGAGCUGCAACUUCUCUGGGAGGGUAUUUGGUUUCUAUGGACUAGUCCAUCUAUUUUAUUCUAAAAAUUUUUAUUCUAUUUUAGUUAAUAAAUUGUAAAA